AUGCAAGAGCCUGUGCAGACGACUCUUGUGUCGGAGAACGCCACGCCAUCGUGCAUCCGCCGGUUCAUUUGGUGCUAUGGUUAUGGAUGCGGCUGCGCGGACGUCACGGACGCCUCGUUGCACCCACAAGACGCGUCCCUUACUCUGUAUGGCGUGCGGAUCCCGAAGCCGAAGGGUCCUAGUCACCUUCCUGUGCAUUCCGACUCCGUUCAAGCACUCACUACACGCGACAUGGCAAAGGGGUCCAUGAGCUUAGUCACCCGCUCGCGCACAUCGAGCUCAGGGGUUGCGUCCGCCGACGAGGACGCCCGCCCCGCGACGCUCGAGGAAGCUAUGUCGGCGCACUACAUUGGCUGGACAUACAUGCCCGGACAAGCUGGCGACGACACCUACAUUGGAGACGCGCCAGACCUACGUCCAAUGCAACGAACUUUCGACAGAGGAUGUCCAUCCGCGCGCGCGUUCGACCUUUCAGAACAUCGUCACGACCAGCGCGAGACACGAUCGGGCCGUAAGAGCCUGCUCGACCUCAGCUCGAACACGGAUCUGUAG